AUGAACUGCUCGGAACUUAUGUUUAGUCUCUCUCUGCAUUUCUUCGACGUGAAUGAUGACGCUGCGAUGAUCGCUGCCAACGACAUGUCGAACACAAACAUUACCGAAGAAUUGCGCACUGGACCUCACCACCACGUUCACCGCGAGAACGAACCGCUUCCUGGUGCGACCGGUGGAGCGCCUACCUUCGAUUACUCUCCCGAGACAAUCGACCACGCCACACUACCGCCUGCUCCAGCUGAGGGAGUCCAUCCGCCGCAGCACGGCACCCAUAAGCCGGUCCCGACUCCUCAUUUCGCGGCUUCGAACGAGCGCCCGCCUGUUGGUGUUGACCGUGGCCAAGCGGUCUUGUUACCUGGAGCGGAAGGGGCCCACAAGAACGAGAAAGGGUUACCGAACCCUCCUAGGGAUGGGAACCGACAGGAUAUACCGACCCAGUCGCUUGUUGGUCCUGGAGGAAUAUCUGGAAACGAGCGACAGGGGAAGCAUAGCACGAGUACUCCCCAUCAAACUAGCCACCAGGCAGGCCAUGGAGCUCAGCACAAGCCCACCGUUGGGGACAAGAUCGUCGGGAAGACUGAAGAGCUUGCUGGCAAAUUGGCCCAGAACCCUGGACUGCAGGAGAAGGGCGCGCUUCGCGCCCAAGGAGAGAGGACCUAA